AUGGAACCGGGAACGGGCACUACCGUUACCUCCACGGCGAGCAAUAGUGGCGGGAACGCAUCUACUAGCGUCGUCAUGCGUCCCCCGCUGACGGCGUUGUUUCGUGAAAUUCACAAAAAUAGCUGGCUUCGACGGCUCAACAGUGACAGCAGGCGACCAUCCGUGCUGAAUAAGAAACCUGAUCGAUACUGGGUGGUGUUCUGCGUUCACGAUGACUGCGAGGCGUUCUUGGAAGGCUUCAGCGACCCUCGGCAGGCGCCAUCUCACGCUCCCGAGUGGUCGCUGUCGCUGCAGACCGUACAACACAUCUCGCACGCCCUGGUCUCGGUGGAGCAGGAAUUUGAAUUUGUGAUAACGCUGGGAAGCGAGGUAGCUCGCUUCAAUGCCAACACCUGGGAGUGCAUGCAGGAAUGGGUGGAUUGCUUGCGUUCUAAACUUCGUGAAAUGAAGCUGCUGUCGCCGAAAGAGAAUCUCUACUCCCGUCUACCGGAGGUGAGGCCUCCACUGGCGCCGACACGCGACCCAACCUCACCGCUACCAGCCACUCCGCCGGUUCCGGCAGCCAUCGUUCCAGGGAUUGAACGCGUUCAAACUUCCUCCCAACUGCCACUUCAGCAAAGUUUAGUUGAAUUUAAUCACUCUCAGAGUCACCAGACGGCCGUGGCAGGCCCGAGCGGAUCCAAUUCUUUCCCUACAGUGGGACUAUGUACUUCCACAACAACGGGUCAAUCUGUUUCCCUUCCGGCUUCGGCCAUUCAGACGCCGGGAUGUAGUUCUAGUGUUAGCUUACCGGCCACUAACACAGGCACCACUAGCUCUACGUCAUCUUCAUCAUCAUUCUCAUCAGCCUCGUCAUCAUCAUCGUCGUCAUCGUCAUCGGGCAGUUACUCUUCCACACUGACGUCAAUUUCGUCCUGCCCGAAUGGUGGCCUCAACCCUCCGGCGAUGUCCAACACCUCUACACAGAAUCUCAUGAACCUUCUGUCGAAUCCGCUGCAAGCGGUCAGCAGUAUUAACGCUCAAAGCAAAUCUAUGCAAAAUCCGGCCCACCCUUCAGCGGACGCUUCCUCCGCUUCGGUCUCCGCAGAACACCACGAGUUCCCAGACGAACUGCUCAAACGUAUGGGUGGUGGUGGCGGCGGAAAUACUCCUGCGCCCUCAUCGAACCUGCCGAAACCACAAAAAAUAAUUACCAGAGAAAAUGGCCCCACCGGUGGUACAGCGAACCAUAAUGGAGCCGCUGGUGUUCAACAGCAACAUCAUCAGUCUGCUGCAAGCGCCGCUGCUAGCUCCUCGCUAGCGACUACAUUCGUGAAUAACGUCCUGGCAGACCCCUCAGGAGCAGUUGCUUCGCUCAAGCGAACCGAUAAGCUUCUGCUGGAUGUACGUGGUGGAGGAAGUGACGAAACAAACGCCUGUGAUGAUGAGCACGUCGCCGAAGAGGGCGGAGUGCUUGCCCGCGACAACAAUCACGAUAACCACGAUGUCGUUGUCAGUGCCGGAAACGACGGCAGCUCGGAGGGCGGAGAAGAACAGCAAUCCUUGCAUCAGCGACAUCUGCAACACGCAUUCGCAGAAAUCUCCCAAAAAGGAGUAAAUGAUUGCCGCAGUGUCUGCAUGUCUAAUGGUUCGGAACCACUUCACCCAAGCAGUCACAACGAUGUUGUCGUCAGCAGUGAAUCACCAACAAUGGCCUCCAACUGCGGUGGAAUGCAACCCAGCAGCAUCGUGUCACCUGCAGCAGUAUCUGGUUCGAGGAUCGACCCAAAACGAUCGUCUCGGAAAAUCUCUCCAUUGGCAGUGCAAUCUUCCCCACCGGCAGCAUUGCAUGUGGAACAGGUCACGAACGUAACGAUCAUACAAGUAUCCAACAGUAGCACCUCGGCUACAACUCCCUCACCAACGAUCACGACAUCGUCCCCGAAACCGAUGCCUCGGUUUAACUUUCUGAAAGCGAAACCAUUGCCAAUCGCAACCGUUGCCACAACCGUAUCGGAUGAUGACGGACGAGGGGACAAUAAUUACAAAAGCAACGUGCAAAUCAUUCCGUCCAACGUUGAGUACGAGCAGCCGAAUUCGUUGAAUGAGGUUGACCAUCUAAUGCAACCGUCGAUCAUUGCAUCAAUCAACGAGCAGCAGAUCACUACCGUAACCGUGCCCAAUGUUCGACCUAGCCCGGCCACACCCGCAACGCUUGGCCAAGCUCCCCCGCCUACGGUACAAAUUGCGGUGGCAACUUCGUCAACACCCAUUAAAGGACCGGAAAAUAACUUCGGUACCGUGACGCAGAUUUCCGUCAAUUCAAUACCAGCACAUGGCGGAAGUGUUGCAGCGAAAAGAAAUCCUCCGCCCGCACCUCAGCACUAUGAGCAGGUGUUUUUUACAAGCUCCAGUGUACAGGUGACGACUGGUGCAGCGCGUGCAGGGAACCCUUCAUCGUCGGUAGACAUACCUUCCGCUGUUCCGGUGGCAGGCGGUAACAAUAAGCUGGCUGCGGCAGGAAAGAGUAGUAAGGUUUUGCUGCUAAGUAAACAGCAGCGUUCGUCUAGUCAUUCCGAAAUCGUGCUCACUCCUGUCGGUGGACGAGCGACCAAGAACAGCGGAGGUCUGCUCGGUGGCGGCAGUAGCGACAAGGAGAAUCAUGCCCACCACGUACCGAGCGGACCGUCCUCUUCCAAACAGGGAGUACUUCCUUCCGCCAGCAGCCCAGCGGUACCGGUGCACCUGGCUGGUGGAAGUCCCUCGAAGCGACCCGCUGUCGAUAGGAACAUUUACACCCCGCACCCCCAACGCGCUCCUCUCCUGCAGCGAGGGCUUACCGAACUUGUGUUGAGCACCCGAUCUUCGCCCACGGUGGUUGGAAGUACAAGUGCAGAGCCACCGGUUAUGAACGGACGCAGCCGUAGAGCGGCCCCGAUCGAGAACAAGAUACGCCAAGAUCAUCUUCCUCCGGAACAGCGUCGCCGCAGUUCAUCAACUUCGGAUGCUCGUCAGGAUGCGGUUGCUCGCGUCGUUGGCUCGAGUCCUGCCGGGGGUGUAAGCCGAUUGCAGUCGCCCCCACAGCCAUUCCGUCCGCAUCAUCCACUGAUCAAUAUGACAGAAGGUGUAAACGCAGUCGCCGGGAGUGCUGGAGGCAAUCGGAAACUAACGCUUCGCGAGCAGCAAGUGUUUCAGUUGCGCCGCGAAAUGAUGCAUCCGGGUGGCGUUAGGUUGCAGUUGCGGCGCAAGGAUUGCAUCAACUCGAUCGGGCUCGUGGAUGCAUUCGGGGGCGUGUGGGUAGCCGGAUGGAAACAAAAAGAACAUCCGGUGCUCUACAAUGCCCUGCAUAUAGGCGACCAGUUGAUUAGCGUAGCGGGCGUAGCGAUCUCAUGUGCGGUCGACGCGCACAAGACCAUCCGAGCAGCUCCGGGUUUAUUUGUAGAGCUGAUUAUUCGAAGAAUUCCUUUCGGACGUGUCUACGCCAUACGGCGCGAGCUAGACGGUCAGUGUUUGGGGUUGAUUCGGGAUGGUAACACGGCCACUAUCGUUGAUGUGGUUCCAAACAGUUUAGCCGCCCGGCAUGGGUUACCACCAAAGGCAAAAUCUUGUGAUGGACUGUCACUGACGUUUUGGGUGUUGACAGAAAUCAAUGGGCGUCCAUUGAAUCUGUUCUUCAAGGAACACGAAAUUCGUGAUCGGCUGAACGCCGUCGGACGAGACAUUUCUAUAUUGGUGCAACCGGCUGAUUUGGUAACAAAGUUGAAAAAGCAGCUGAAAUCAUUGCGCGGCCACAAGGAUUUUAUUGUGCAAUAAAAAGGGUAAUCGAGUCGCAUUGAGUGUACUCGUUUGAGGCGAUCAGCUGUGUGUACUAGUGACCACGUGAAAGUAGUGGAAGAAAUGCGUAGCAUGAUGUGUGAGAAAGAGAAGAAACA